CUCCGACAAUCUCACUCGCCCCUUUUUCCUCCAGGCAGUACCCGAUGUCUGGGGCCCUAGCAAGCCACUACAUCGCGCGAGGACGAGACGAUUGUUUGUUUGCAAUAUACGAUAAUUAGAAAUGACCAUCUCCCAGGUGAUCGUUCUUCCGACCUGUGCAAUCUGUCAGGAUGAUGACCAUGGCGUCUUGAACAUCGUGGUGACCAAGUGCGGACACAUCUUCCAUUCGCAUUGUCUCGAAGAAUGGCACCGGAACGAACGCGCACUACGAGGAGGGAUCAAAUGUCCCUAUUGCAAUACCGGUCUCGAAGUCGGCUCCUUCUACUCCCGCCUCGAAACAUCCAACACUACUCGUCUCCAUCAACUUACUACCCGCCGCGUCGUCAUACUUUCCGAUGGUGACCCCUGCCCCGAAGAGCAGAUUAAGAAAUUACAACUCGAGAUCGCUUCAAUCAAGCUCGACUUGGAGAAUGAAUCCCUCAAGGUUCGUGCGCAGGAGGCCGAGAACACCGAGCUGGUCGAGAAGAACAAGGCACUCCUAAUAACCGUCAACCAGCUGAGAGAACAAUGUAAAUCGUACUGCGAAAAUACCGAUGAUCAUGUCAGCCAACUCAAACGAGAUCAGGAAUCACACCAAAAAGAAUCUGCAACAUACCUAGAGGAAGAGGAAAUACUGCGCAACUGGGCAAAAGAAUUGAAGGACGGUGAGGAAAGAGUUCAGGUUGAAGUGAAAAGAUUGUCCGAGUUUGUGGAGCGCAAGGAGAUCGAGAGGUCGAGACGUACCGGGCUUGCGGCUUCCCAAGGUGGGACCAUCAGGAUCUUGGAGGCCCAAGUGGCUGAAUUGAAUCGAGAGACGCAUCAGCUUUCACAAAUGAUCGAUGUCACAAGAGAGAGCCAGAGGAGGUCCGACGGGAAUUUGGUAGAGUCCGGACGGUCCCACCAUCUGAUGAACGUCAUGUUGACGCUGAGUGGACGAUUCUCGAAACUUCAGAGCGACUAUUCGACUUUAAAAAAACAGAUGCUGGAAGUCAAAGAUGAUGGAGAUGAUCAGUCCAAGACGCCCGACAUGGACAAGUCAGUGACGAAGGAAUCAGAUCAUGGAGCUCUCCAAGCAGUGAUCAAGAACCCGUUGAAGGAAACGAGCGUCCCAAAGCUUCAAUCCUCCUCUGAGCAUAACAUCAAUCAGAACAAAGGCAAGGGGAAAGCGGUCGAAGAAUUGGUAGAAAGAAUGAAUUCCCUCGAGGUCCCUACAGGCGAACUAACCGAGAACAUGGACCCCAGACUAUAUGCUUAAUAUAUCCCUGACCCACUUGUUCAGCUUGUCCUGAUAUCUCCUUGGCGUUCAAUUCUUUGUAUGGCACCAGCAAAAUGGACAAAAAACACAAAAAGAAAGAUUCAUAAAACACAUUUUCUUUUUAAAAAAAAGAACAUGAUCAGAGAACAAUGUAGACAAAUGACUUUACAGAAGAGAGGAUAGUUGGAUGAAUGUAUGUGGAGUUCGGACUAGUGGAGGAAGAUGGAUUGCUGUGAAAAAGAUCAAGUGACACGUGUGAUGACCACCUUCUAAUCACAAAGCCAGCCAUUGAUAAUACCCCCAUCACUCUUCACUUGUAUCAAGAUCCAAGUGCCUUUUCUACUUUCAUGUUUUCUUAUGUUAUCUUGCUGUACCUUGUCUUGUAAAUACACUGUGCUUACACAAUUCAACAAGUUUUUGUUUUUAUGAAAAAGGACAGUGCAAUGUGUGAUUAUCCUAUUGGUUGAGUUUCUUGAA